AUGACCAGACUAAGUAGUUUGCUGUCAGCCGUGACGAUCGCCGCGACGACAGCGAAAGCUGCAACGAUCGAACAUUGGUGGAACAUCACGUACGCUCAGGCCAAUCCUGAUGGGUUACAAGAGAGACGGGUGAUAGGAGUAAACAAUUCUUGGCCCCCACCCAUGCUUACGGCUACUCAAGGGGACGUACUUAUCAUUCACGCUACCAACGGCCUAGGUGACGAUAGCGUUGGAACUUCUUUGCAUACCCAUGGCCUUUUCUUCAAUGGAACCAAUUGGGCAGAUGGAGCAGUCGGUACUACCCAGUGUCCUAUACCCAACGGAUAUACGAUGGAUUACAUGAUCGAUACUUCCAGACAGACUGGUACUUAUUGGAUACAUGGACAUCAUGAAGGUCAGAACACCGAUGGGUUACGUGCUCCUUUUGUGAUCAGCCCACAGAAUGCUACAGGAAGAUCGGAUAACGUUACUUGGGAUGAGGAAUAUACAUUGGUAGUGGGAGAUUGGUACCACGAUGAGUACCCCGACCUGAUCAAGGAUGAAUUCUUGACAUGGACCAAUCCGACUGGGGCUGAACCUGUUCCGAAAUCUGCUGUAUGUUAUGUCGCCAAGAAUGGAAGUUACAUUCACUCCAACGAAGAUCUCAUGCAAGGUGUGGGAGUAAGCGACAAUGCCACUAUUGAAUUCGAAGCUGGUAAAACAUACAAGAUUCACAUAGUCAAUACUGGAUCUCUAGGCAUGUUCUGGAUUCGAAUGGACCAACAUCAAAUGAAGAUCAUCGAAAUGGAUGGUAUCGAACAUGAACCGUACCCUAUAGAUGUUUUGACCGUCUCUGUCGCUCAGAGGUACUCUAUCAUCGUAGAAGCGUUGAAUACUACUGGAACAAACUACGCUAUGAUGAUCAUGCAAGAUACCGAUAUGUAUGAUGCUGUUCCCGAUGACUUGCAACUUAACAAUACUAUCCAGAUCGUUUACGAUUCCAAUGCACCUAAAGCCGAUCCUGUUGAAGUCGGAAUUGAUGAUAUCGUAACUUUCAAUGAUACCGAGCUUGUACCGAUCCUCAAGAACGAGUUGUUACAGCCUGAUGUCAAGUUUGAGUUGAAUGCUUAUUUCGACACUUACGAUGAUGGUACCAACCGAGCUUCAUUCAACAACGUCACCUUCCAAAUGCCAAUGGUACCCUCGAUGUUCACUGCUCUAACCAUGGGCGACGACGCGUACAAUACAGCAGUAUACGGUGCUCAGACCAACGCUUUUGUCUAUAAGCAUAUGCAAGUUGUCGAAUUGACUGUGUUCAAUUGGGAUGCGGGCUUCCAUCCAUUCCACUUCCAUGGCCACGAAUUCCAAAUAGUUCAUAAAUCAUUUGAUGUCACUUCCAAUGAUACUACCGUCAAUCCUCCUAUUAACGAGAAUCAGGAGAACCCCGCUCGAAGGGAUACGAUUGUUAUUCCUCCUACGGGUAGUGUAACGCUCAGAUGGAGGGCUGAUAAUCCAGGCGCAUGGAUGUUCCACUGCCAUAUCGAUUGGCAUCUCUCUUCAGGUCUCGCAGCGAUCUUCCUAGAAGCCGUAGAUGCAUUCCAAGCUACCAACACCACCGACAAUUCAGUCCCUCAACAAGUUGUCGAUCAAUGUAAUUACUGGAAGACCCCUACGAGCGGUAACAUCGUUGGUAAAUUCUCUACGACAGACUUUAAGGGUCAACCAUAUGGUCCUUUCCCACUCAAGAUGGGAUGGACAUCCAAAGCUAUCGGGGCUUUGGCAGGAUGUAUAAUUACUGUCCUGUUAGGUAUAGCUACUAUCGUAUGGUACGCUUCAGGUGAAUUGGAGGAGAGUGAAUUAGAGGAAGAAGUGAAAUAUAAAUUAGAAGCGAAACAGAACAAAGUACCUUUAUGGAAAAAGGUCUUACCUAAUAAAAGCGGUUAA